UUGGAGGCAGGUGACCUGGACAGCCUCCUGGCACAGUUUGAGGCUUCUGAGGCAGUUAACAAGACCUCAGGUGAAGGGGCCAAGGAUGGCCCCAGCAGCGCUCCUGAGCAGGUGAAGGCCACCGGAGGGUCUGGACCACACAGCAGGGGGCCUUCUGUGCCAGGCAUUGUCCCCCUGGGCAUCUCCCCACAGUCCUCCCCCACCCACCAGAAGAUCAAGGAUGCUUUGCCCAAGGAGAUCAUUGAAAAAAUUAAAGCAUCGACUAAACGGAAAAGUACACAAAUGUUGUCUGAGCCACCUGUGCUGCGCAAAGGCCGUGGAGGGAGACAGCAAGAAGGAUCUACCAACCGCAAUAAAAUUCUUCGUGUUACACCCCAGAACUCUUCUGCACAGACUGCUACAGAUGAACGAGUCCCUCCUCCAGUAGAUCAUGACUACUGCUUCUCUCCAGACAAACAAAAGCAUGCCAAGCAAGACUCCAGUGAUAGGAUGAAUGAUGAGUUCUUUAAUAAACUUCCUGAUUAUUACACCACUAUGUCGAGACGCCAGUCAAAGAAAGCGAGCAUCUGUUCAGACGAUGGGCAUGAUGAUGGUGGCAAGAAGGACAGUGGUGUGGAGUCAGGAGAUGUGAGUGAUGCAAGUGUGGAAACAGAGGAGCGCAAAACAUAGUCAUUACUAAUAAGCCCGAAGUGAAGAAAAUCAAACGGAAACUCAAUCUCUCUGAGUACCGACAGAGAAUAAGAAGCGCACAGAGUAGUACUUGCCCCUCCCCUAACCAUACUGACUCUGUGCAAACCUCACCAAAGCAAGGUGACUUGCCGGUGUCUGAUCUGGUCCAGAAGAUGAAGGAGGCCAAGACUGAAGAGGAGAAGUCAGAUCUUGCACCAAAAGAUAAUGCUGUUGAUACAGUUGAGCCAGAGGAAGACACAGAAGAAGGGGAACUGAAGGGGGAUUCUGAUCCAGAGGUUCCUAUGAACCAGCUGGCAGAGAAGGCAGCUGAAGUCUACAGUGCAGUAAACAGGACGCCGGAAAAGACGAUGUUGCCUGUUCAGCCAACCUCCUGCAGCAGCAUGGGGUCAACAAGCUCUCGUGAUAGUAGAAGGAGAAACUCCAGGACUUGCUCAAUGAGAAGGUGGUCAUCCUCAAGCAGAAGCAGAAGCCGAAGUAAGAGUCCCUUGAACAGCAAAAAGAACCACCUGUCUCGCAAACACAGAUCUUCACGCGGGAAGAGAAGAAGGCGUCACAGGAAUUCCCACUCGUCAGUAUCUCCACACAGCUCCUCCAGAAGAAGGUGGUCCAGAUCUCGGUCACGCUCCAGGUGCUACCAGGACACGAGAUAGGUGGGGAUAUUCACGUAGAUACUCUAGAAGUCGAGAUAGAAGACGCAGAUCUCACAGUCGCUCAAGAUCACGUUCUUCAUCGCGCUACAGCAGAGUCACACGUUCCCGCUCACCUGUCUGGGGGAACAGAAGAUCCCGCUCACCCCCUCGACUUCCACCGAGAAUGAGGAGGCCGGAGGACGAGGAUCGAGUCAGACAAGUGGAAGAGCGUCGUGUGAUAUACAUUGGUCGCAUUAUGGAGGGGACCACUAAAGCAGAUCUGCGACGGCGAUUCCAAAAAUAUGGAACCAUUGUCGACAUUAGCGUUCAUUUUAGGGAACAUGGGGACAACUAUGGGUUUGUAACAUUUAAGAACAGGGAUGAAGCUUACCAAGCUGUUGAAAAUGGUAACGAGGAUCCCUCACUCCCACGCUACGACCUGUGCUUUGGGGGGAGACGAGCCUUCUGCAAAGUUCAGUAUUCUGACUUAGAUGCCCAAAACGAGUCAUACAUGGGUGGGCCUCUGGGAAGAGGUGCGCCACACGGGGACUUUGACACACUCUUGCGCGAAGCAUUGAAGAAAAAGUUGCGAUGACCAUGGGGUUUUCUAGCAUUUACUUCUGUAGUAACUAUGUUUAGCUGACCUGUAGUGUUGGUUAGGAACAUGUGAUUACAAUUUUUUUCUAAUAUUAUUCAGAGAUAUGUAAUUAGUGUAAAAUUUUGCUAUGAAUUUUGCUUUUAAUUUUUUUUUUGUAUUAAAUACCUGAUACUCAUUUUGGUCUGCCAUUUCUUACUUUUUUAUUUGCCAUUUGUUACCUGUUUUCUCCAGUAAGGUGAGAAGCAAGUUGUUUUCCUACUAUAAAUAGUAACUGAGAGAUUAAGUUUGUAUAUAGUUUCAGCAGAUUUUUGUUUCUCAAAAGAGCUUGUAUAUGAGUAUAUAUUAAGAGAUCAAAGUGCAGUGCGACGGUGAGUGUUGUUGUGUCCCCAUUUUCAAAAGUUCCUGUGACAACCAGGUC